UCAACCUUGAUUCACUCCUGUUGUGUUUUCACAUGUGACUUUUGUCAGUUUCUGUUCUAAAACCAUUUCAAAUCCCACACUCAUUUACUCACUCACUCAUCAUCUUCAAACCCACAAAUCUUUCAUUCCCAAAAUAAAAACGCCAACAAUGAAACCCUAUUUUCUUGUUCUUCUUUUCUUUAUACUUUCAUUCCAAACACUAGCUAAUAAAAACCAAGAAAACCCCAUUUCAGAGCUCAAAAUCUUGUUAAAAAUCAAAUCUUUUUUAGACCCAAAAGGCCAAACUUUAACAUCUUGGUCACCAGAUGCCAAAAGUUAUUGUGAUGGGUCUUUUGAAGGUAUUGCUUGUAAUGAGUUUGGUAAAGUUAUGAAUAUUUCACUUCAAGGUAAAGGGCUUUUUGGUCAAAUACCACCUGAGAUUGGUGACCUUAAAAGCUUAUCUGGGUUGUAUCUACAUUUUAAUGGUUUGCAUGGUGAAAUUCCUAAAGAAAUUGGUGAGUUGACUCAACUCACUGAUUUGUAUCUUAAUGUUAAUAAUCUUUCUGGUGAGAUCCCCACUGAGCUUCAGAAUAUGGCUAAUCUUCAAGUUUUACAACUAUGCUACAAUCAUUUGAGUGGAAGCUUGCCUCCACAACUUGGUUCUUUAAAGAAACUUAAUGUACUUGCUGUUCAAUACAACCAACUCAGUGGUGCUAUCCCUGCAACUCUUGGAGAUGUGGGGACUUUACAGAGAUUGGACUUGAGUUUCAAUCGCCUUUUUGGCUCCAUCCCAAUGAAAAUAGCCGAUGCACCAUUGCUGCAGGUGUUGGAUGUGCGAAACAAUACGCUUUCCGGAAAUGUCCCUUUAGUUUUGAAGAAACUUGACGAAGGAUUUCAGUAUGCAAACAACUCAGCGUUAUGUGGAUCCGGUUUUGCUGAUCUCAACGUCUGCAACUCUUCUUUUGGUCCCGAAAACCCUGAUAAACCAGAGCCAUUUGGGCCACAAUCAAAAGGACUCACACCAAAGGCCAUUCCACAGUCUGCAAAUGUAGUCACCGCCCAGUCAAAGUCAAAGUCAUCUAAUGCCGGACUUGCUGCUAUUCUUGGAGCUGUUGUAACCACCAUGCUGUUAGUUGCCGGGCUUUUUUCUUUCGUAUGGUAUCGCCGGAGAAAACAGAGAAUCGGAACAGCCUUCGAAACAUCUGAUAGUCGGAUUAGUACUGACCAAUAUCAAGUCAAAGAAAUAGUCAACAGGAGAAGCGCGUCACCCCUCAUAAGUCUUGAAUAUUCUAAUGGGUGGGACCCAAUGUCGAAAAGCCAAACAGGAAGUGGGUUCUUGCAAGAGGUUCUCGAGAGCUUCAUGUUCAAUGUUGAUGACGUGGAGUCAGCAACUCGAUUCUUUUCUGACUCCAACUUAUUAGGGAAAAGCAGCUUUUCAGCUACUUAUAAAGGGAUUCUACGGGAUGGAUCUAUAGUUGCUAUUAAACGUAUAACUAAAACAAGCUGUAUAUCUGAUGAAACCGAGUUUUUGAAGGGGUUAAAGAUACUAACCUCACUGAAACACGAAAAUCUUGUUAGGUUACGAGGGUUUUGUUGUUCGAAAGGUAGGGGAGAAUGCUUUCUGAUCUAUGAUUAUGUUGCCAAGGGUAACUUGUUGCGAUAUCUUGAUGUGAAGGGCAAAAGUGGCAGCGGGAAUGUUCUUGACUGGUCAACUCGAUUCUCAAUUAUCAAAGGCAUUGCUAAAGGUAUCGAGUACCUACAUGGGAUAAAAGGAAAGAAACCAGGCCUUGUUCAUCAAAACAUAUCAGCCGAAAAAGUUCUCAUCGAUCAAAACUAUACCCCACUGCUCUCCGGUUCAGGCCUGCACAAACUAUUAGCCGAUGAUAUCAUCUUUUCAACACUCAAAGGCAGCGCUGCAAUGGGAUACCUUGCUCCCGAGUACACCACAACUGGCCGAUUUACUGAAAAGAGUGACAUAUAUGCAUUUGGGAUGCUCAUUUUUCAGAUCAUCUCAGGGAAAACGAGAAUUAGCCUAUCCAUUCGUCAAGCUGCUGAGUUAUGCAAGUUUCAAGAGUUUGUGGACGCUAAUCUUGAUGGUAAGUUCUCUGAGCCCGAGGCCAUCAUGCUAGGGAAAAUUGCAUUGCUGUGUACUCAUGAACUCCCUGGCUCAAGGCCAACCAUUGAGACCGUAACACAAGAGUUGAGCAACUUGGGUUGCACACCCUGAUUCACAAAUCCAUAGGGAAGGUAGUAGGAGUUAUUAGCUAGGUUCGAGUUUCUCACUCGAGUUAGUUAUGUUAUCGUUUGUACUUCACCUUAAGAUCGCGUAAAACUAGCAUAUGUCUGUUUGAGUAGUUAUUACUUCCUUUGACUUUGACAAUGACUGUAAUUGGAAUUGGAAUCUGAUUAUAAGCUUCUCUUUUCUGA